AUGACAAAUCGACUUCACUCAAGUUCUUCUCCUUAUCUUUUAACCAUCCAUGGAGGUGGAGGUGCUGGCAAAACCACUUGCUUAGAGAAGAUUCGUCAAUAUAAUACGAAUAAACAAAGAAUAAGACAUACCGUCUUCAUAGAAACUGGAUCUGGCCUUAUUACGGCUGGUUCGAUCAUUGAUCCUGGUCGGUCCGCUCUUUCCCGUUUUUUAUUCCCUUGUAUCACUGUGAAAGCUCCUGUUCGAAAAUGGUUGCAAUGGGUUCAAUGGUUUCUCAUCAUUCUUUUCAUCAUCAUUACUUGGUUAACGAAACAAAUUCAUUUAGCAUCUUGUAUCUUAUUAUCUCUUUUGUUCCUAUCAUUCUUUUUACCUUAUUGUCAACGUUUGUUUCGUUCGAAUGCUGUGUCGGCCGUAUGGAAUUAUAAUAAACUCCGAUAUCAACGCGUUAAAGAAUUAAUGCAGAAUCUACAACAACAGGAAGAACCAUUGGAACAAGUUCAAGAAUGGAUCUGGUUAGAUCGAAACUGUAUUGAUGCUUAUAGUUAUUGUCAGUUAGAAGAUGAAGUUUUAGUUGGUUCAGAUUUUCUCCCUACUUUAUCUGAUCAAACCGAACAUCUUAGUUGUGGUAUAUGGAUGGAUACUUCACUUUUCCUCAUUCAUGCUCACCAUCAACAACGUGCUAAAAAUCUUCCUCUAUUCGGCCGUUUAAUUUCAAAGCUCAUGGUCGCAUUUCCUUCUAUUUAUAUGCCCACAAUUCACGCUUGUCAUACAGUCAAACAAUGGUAUCAACAAAAUGGAGUUCCGUUCUUAGUGAUUAGUGAAUGGAAGGAAGAACACAAGACUGAAAUUACUGAGAUGAAUAGUGGAGGAGAAAUGACAUGGAACGAUCACAAUUUAUCAUUGUUGUUUUCUUCUGUAGAACGAUUGAUAUUAGAUGCACGUGCUAAGAGAAAUAACAGUCAAGAAUCGUUCAAUUUGAUUCUCACUCCUUGGUUGAAAUCUAUCAUUCGUUAA